UUAACUACAUUGUAGAUGUGUUAUCAUUUAUUGUUUUAUGGAGAACUGCUCAUUCCAAUAACACUAGUCAGAUUUUGGGCUCAAUAGAGAUACCGAGUGUAUUGUUUUAUUUUUUUUACCGCUACACUACUAGUGUUAACUCAAUUAAUUGGCUCGUAAACUUUCUCAACUAAUGCCUGUUCCUCCAUUCUAUUAGAUCUUGGUUUGGUUGUAAAUCAUACGGUACUUACUAAGGUGAACGACCGGCCAUUUUCAAUGUGAUUUUUGUAUAAAGAUACCCUUUAAUCCGAUUAACACAUGUAGACUUUCGUUAAGAGUAUCAGUCUUUUUUGUCUGACUCAACCUGCCGACUCUCUAUACAAGAUUUAUCUGUUGACUCGAAGCAAGUCCAUUGACAUAAGUAACGUCUUGAUCAACGAUCAGACAAUAUAUAGUCGUUCUCGUUCGGAGAAUGCGACUUAACCCGGAUCGACAUAGAAACAGAAGACGCAUAUCCUUCCGAACCCCUGGUCUUAUUUUGCUGUAAUUUUAAAUGGAUUCAAUACGAAUCUAUGUUAUUUAUUCGUAUUUUGGUUUCGUUUUAUCGAUUUUGACUUUAACGAUUUUAUGUGACUGUCGGUGUUCUCGUUCGUUUUGGUACUCACACUGAAUCACUGACCUAUCAAGAGUUAUUAUCUGUCUGCUUGUAGUAUUUUGAGAUUUCCCAUGCCAUUGUUGUUCCAUCUGUGACAAUGCUGUCUUUAUUCGAUUUCACCGAGCCCACAUGUACAUCUUAAAUCUCACUGCUGUGUCUUUUAGUUUCAGUUUCACAUCACAGACCAGUCGUCCUUUUUUUCUGGAGUACUUACUUUGUCUUAUUGAGUUGCUCCGAUAAAGAAUAAGUCAUCUUUAUUUUCGAUAUGUUUGUCAAUCAACUGUUCUUUUCCCCUUUUGCCAUUACCUCUGUGAGAGUUUGCGACCUUUGUGAACGCUUGUUUGUAUAUGUAAGGUCUACACACCAAGGAAUAAUCAUUGAGCCUGACCACAAUUCUGAAGCUGUAAUUUUACCGCCUGUAAAGGUUUUGACGGCACGCUUCGUGUUUGCCUGUUUUUUUUCUUUUUUGUUGUUUUUUUGUUGUUUUUUGUUGUUGUUGUUGUUGUUUUGUUUGACAACACGAACCGAUUGAUCAACCCUAUAACAUAUGUCAAUGAAGAGGUAUUCAUUUUCACUAGCACGGAAGAUGUCAAUUGCUUUCUUCAAUUUAAAACCAAGGUUAAUCUCUAACAUAACAGGGCAGUCUGUCCUUGACCAAAGUAUCGCAUAGAUCACCAAAUUUAUACAUACCCAUGAUGGCUUUAUUUCUGAGCUCAGUGACAUAUCUUGAUCAAAAGUUUCCAUAAUGCAUAUCUUUCAUAAGUGUAUUAUUUUACUUACGUGGAUACAAUAUUGAUAGAGCAUCACUUUCGGAGUGUUUAUUUGAUCUGUAUUGCUGGUUGUACAAUUUGAAUGUGUUGACAACUACCAGUGUAUCCGAUCCCGAGCCGAUCCCGAGCCGAUCCUAUGGAUGAAUGUUUAUGUUUGGAUUUCCUGGUUGUUUGUCCCAAUCUCUGACGUGAUUAAGUAAGACUAAAAACGUUGAUAUCACUAACGACAAGCUAAUACGGCGGACUGUUGACAAUUUUUAUUCCAUAUCGAGGCUUACUCACCAGUCAUGACGUAAUGAUUCAUUACACACACAUAUACAGACCCCUUUCUACGAUAUCAUGUCAAUGAGGUUUCUUAUUCCACGUAUCCCAGAAGACCCUCCCAUACAUCGUACGACCCUCCCAUACAUCGUACUGUAUACCUGUGACCAAAUGAGCAUCAAAGACAUUCAUGAAAUUCUAUUUUGUAUAUUCGUAUGUAAUUUUCGACUUACAAAUGUAUUGCCGAUCACAACAAGUAAAGCAAAUUUAUACCUGUUUCGAUUUGUGACGAAUGAAGUGGAUACUUUAUGUUUAUUUCAGAUUUUAUGUCAUGGAGAAAAAAUGUGGAUAUUGCGGUAGGAACACUUUGAGUCUCCGGCGGUGUUCGUCAUGUCAGGACGUUUACUACUGCUCCACUGUGUGUCAGCAUGAGGAUUGGAGAGGUCAACACAAGGUCAGAUGUAAAGAGAUUCAAAAACGUAAAGAAACCGGAAGUAGAAAUUCACAUGAGGACGCCUCUCUUCUUCCGAAAAAGGAAAAUGGAAACGGAACUGUUCUAUAUCCACCUAUCGGGGCCUCUAAUGAAGAGUUCGUGGAAUAUUUCGACCGGGAAGGAAUGAGCUUUCUUACUUUGACAGAUAUGUUAUCGGGCAGUGUCGAUGCUUAUAAGGAGGAUCCAGUGGAUCAGAAUACUAAAAGAAAAAGAGAUAACACUAUAAACAAGACAUGUUACGUAUGCGGCGAAACAAGUGCCGUAGUGAAAACUUGUGCUCGGUGCAAGAUGGUAAAUUAUUGUUCCCAAGACUGCCAAAAGAAAGAUAGGAAAAGACACAAAAUACAAUGUAAAGAACCAAAAGAGCAAUGUCCUGAUACUAACACAACAAUGGAUGGUUCUGCUUUUUUUCGUUCCAUGCCAAAGAUGCCAGAUCUUUCCAUUCAGUCCUACUCUGAACCAGGUGCGCUUGCAAAAGCCAAGAGUCUGGCCUGGAGGGCCUUUCCCGACUGUACUGUAUUGGACUUCAUCCGGGAGAUCCCACCCGAGCUGUUCGGAAUGAGACCACGUGGUACUUCGAGAGUUGCUGUCGGUUUUAUAUCACGGUUUCAUCGAAAUAUGAUGCGACAUUGCAUAUUUCUACAGGACAAAGACGGCGAUGAGGUAUAUGUUGCCUUUUACCUUGAACGUGACGAUCCUCGACCCUACUUCCGGUGGGAUGACGUAGUUCCGGGACGAUACAUAUGUAUAGAAGAUCCUUACAUCCAUCCGUUUAUGGACGGCUCUGUUGGAAUCCGGGUAGAUUUCCCUUCCGCUGUUCGGGUGUUCGCGGUUUGAUGAUUCGAUUUAAGACAUCACUUCAGUAUUCAUACCCUGCUGUUACAUUGAUUAAUCGCGUAUUAUAUUUCAAUCGGUCUGAACUGUUUGCUAUUCAUAUUUCAUAGGUUUGAAGAACCAGAAAUUUCAUAGUAUUCUCAAGGAAUCUCUUAUCAUAGAAUGUAGAGUGUAAUUGAC